AGUUGAUUUCGUACGCCUAGAAUUGGAACUAUAAAAGCCCAGCAACUGUGGUCAGCUGUCAGUUAGUUACGUUUACAAUUCACCAACAGCAACAUGAAGUUCGCCGUCGUCGUAGUCUUGUUCGCUUUGGCCUGGGGUGUCAAUAGCUCCGUGGUGCCACUUGUCUAUAGUGCUCCUGCUGUUGCUGGAUCCGUUGCGGUUCAUGCUUCGGCUGUGCCUGCUGCGGUCGCUGUUGCCGCUGCUCCGGCUGGACCAGUUUUGAUUCAAUCUGCUCCCUUUUACCACCCAGCUGUUUAUGCAGCUCCACAUGUCGUUGCCGCUCCCGCUGUAGUCGCUGUUGCUGCCCCAGAAGCUUCGUAUGUGGCCAAGACACGCGGUGCUGUGCAUGUGGCUCCAUUGCCAGGACACUCACAGAGCGCUGCCUCCGUCAACUUGGAACCUGCACCUGGAACUUUGUAAUUGAACACCUUCGAAUCCAACACAACCAAUGACCUUGCCAUCUUUAUCUUUUAAUUUCGCAGUCAAAUUUUUUAUUUCCCACUCACAUUCUAAGUCAAUUUUUGUUUGUAAUCAGCUCCUCUCCUUCUAUAUUCUGGUAUUUCUGUUGCUUUUCUUACACAAUUCUGUUGAGCAAAUAAAACAAGUUGUUAAAAAAAUAA